AUGUUUAUUGUUGCUAGUGUUCUAUUAAAUAUUUUUUCUUCUAGUAUUCUGUAUGCAGAUAUCGUUGGUUUUACUGCUAUUUCAUCUACAUAUUCUGCUCAAGAACUAGUUAAAAUGCUUAACGAGCUCUUUGCAAGGUUCGACAAAUUGUCUGAGAAAUAUAGCCAACUACGGAUAAAAAUUCUCGGAGAUUGUUAUUAUUGCAUCAGUGGAGCACCAAAAGAAAGUUCGGAUCAUGCAGUUCUUUCUGUCCAUAUGGGUCUAUCAAUGGUAAAAGCAAUUAAAUACGUCCAACAAACGGCAAAUUCCCCUGUAGACAUGAGGGUCGGCAUCCACACAGGGGCCGUAUUGGCAGGCGUUCUUGGUCAGAGACAGUGGCAAUUCGACGUUUACUCUAAGGACGUAGAACUGGCAAAUAAAAUGGAAAGUAGCGGAUUAGCAGGGAGAGUGCACAUAUCCGACGCAACGUUAUCCUUCCUAAAUGGGGAGUUUGAAGUGGAGCCCGGCUAUGGAGAGAAAAGAGAUGAAUCAUUAAGGAUAGCAGGAUUAAAAACGUACUUCAUCGUUAAAGUGCUCAUUCCAGUAAGUAAAAAACCGAAGUUACUAUAA